AUGGGUUCAUGCCUUGGCAGCUGUGCCCCAGCUGCCGCCGCACCCGCCCCAUCCGCCUGCACCUCAACGUCCGACUCCACCACCCACUCGACGUCCUCGACGUCGUCUUCCCUGACAACUCCACCCACGUCCUGGGUGGCCAACAGCUGGCUCUGGCGAAAGAACAGAUCCGCAGGACGACAGGACCCAGAGGCAGAGCUUCUAUCGAGGACCACCAGGCAGCGCUGCCAGCGAAACGGAUUCAUCUACCGCAUCCUGCGGCUCAAGAGGAGCCAGCAGUGCCCCAGCUUUCUGGACAAGUACUGGGAGCAGCAACCCAGCUACGCCAAGCUGCCGACCACCGCCAUGUCGGACAUUCAGAUGCAGAACCUCGACGCCGGCAAGUUGCUCAACGCCCAGACGACGUCCAGCAGGGAGACGGAGAUGGGACUCGGAGCGUACCAGCGCAUGACCAACUCGCGGGCCAGCUCCUCCUUGGACCUGGAGUGGGAGCACGAGUACUCGCAGCUGCGGCAGUAUCAGUUCCAGUGCCAGCAGGUGCCCAAGGAGCUGCCGCCAACGCCGCCAAAGCCACGCUAUGCAUCCCUGGACCAGCUGGCGGCAGCCAAUGCGAUGGCCACCAGCCAAGGACGACACAUGGCGCGCCAGGCCAGGUUGAGUAGCCAACGCCACGGCGGUUCGCUCACGCGGCACUCGUGCUGCUCGUCCACGCAAAACUCCUGGUCCCACAUCUCCACGCCGGAGUCGCUCGAAUGGGACGUGGACGAGGAGCGGGAGCAGCAGCGUCAGCUCCGCCUGGAGGAUGACAAUCUGGAUGAUAGAACGCUCAAGCUGCUGCAUCAGAUCGAACAAUUGAAGCACCAUGUGCUGCAGGAGACUGGCGAUGGACUCAGCUUGGAAGCUGCUGCGGUCGACGAGCUCACCGAGGGCCUUCAGUUCCGAGCAACGCACUUCGCCGGCGACUCCCAGCUGGAGGCCCAUGUAAGUUGA